AUGAACAAAGAACUAAAAUGUGCCACUUAUGAAUGCACGGAAUGCCAUCGAUUGUUUAUCACAAGGUCUGGCUUAGCCAAUCACAUUGCUUCCCAUGGGCAUGUCUUCAAGGCCUACUCAUGUCCUGUGUGCCAGUUGAGUUUCAAAUAUUUGAAUUCAUUACGUCGACAUGCAAAGGACAAUCAUGAUUUGUUUGUAUGUCCUGAGUGCGGAGUGAACUGUGUGUGCUCCCCUGAGAAGGUUGAGGAAAUGAAGAGGAAGGAUGCCAAUCCUGAACAAUUUAUCUGCCAGGAGUGUGGCAAGGUCUUCAACAGUUCAAAAGCAAUGGGUCUCCAUCUACAGUGGCACCACAGAAAAGCAGAGCAUGUAUGUGACAAAUGCGGUCGAAGUUUCAAAUUCCUAUCACAUCUGACGUCGCACGCCAUCACGCACGGUCAGCGAAUGCACAAGUGUCAGAUGUGUCAUAGGUCGUUUGUCACGCAGUGGCGCCUGGACGUUCAUCAGCGGAUGCACACUCAACAACUGGCUCCCUACAUCUGCAAGAAUUGCAAUGCUAGGUUCAACAGUCCGUACAAAUUGAAGAUUCACUCUUUCUACCACAAGAACGAGAGUUACAAGUGCAACCUCUGUGAUAAAACCAUGAGGAAUCCUUUCACUCUGAAGAACCAUCUGCGAAUACACCAGCGAGAAGGAGAGAAGAAAACGAAGGAAUGCAAUUUGUGUGGCAAGUUCUUCUACGACAACGUGGCUCUCCACACGCACAUGAAGACCCACGAUGACUUCAGACCACACCAAUGUAAUCUUUGUGGGCGGGCCUUCAAGAUGAGGUCCCAUCUUCGCUAUCACAUGAACUCUCACAACGACGACGGUCCUAUAGAUUGCGAAACAUGCGGUGCAACAUUCAAGAAGAAAUACAGAUACAGACGCCAUCUAUCGAACGGAAAAUGCAGAGGUCCAGGGGGGGCCAGGGGCAAAAAACGGGAGAUAGCUCGUAAGAAGAAGGCAACUGAAAAUGCGGGAGAGUAUGAGGAGGGUGAGAGUCAACUGCAAAUUGAGUUGGUGCCCAUUAGUACUGUCGAGAUUGAAGAAGACGUCGUCGUUGAAACAGUUCAUAGCUGA